AUGCGGGGGGAGGCUAGCGAGAGCCCCGCGGAGAAGGAAAUCGGAGGUGAUGCAGCGAGUGGGGAGUGGUGGAAGGCGCAGUCGCUCACCACCGGCCAGGAGGGUUUGAUCCCCUACAACUUCGUGGCCCUGGUGAACAGCCUGGAGCCCGAGCCGUUGUUCUUCAAAAACAUCAGCCGCAAGGAUGCAGAGCGACAGCUCCUGGCAUCGGGCAACACGCACGGCUCCUUCCUCAUCCGGGAGAGUGAGACCUCCAAAGGCUCCUACUCACUGUCGGUGAGGGACUUUGACCAGAACCAGGGUGAGACGGUGAAGCACUACAAGAUCCGCAACAUGGACAACGGGGGGUACUACAUCUCCCCCCGCGCCACCUUCAGCAGCUUGCACGAGCUGGUGGAGUAUUACACACGUACGUGCCAUCCAGGGGCUGGGGGAACGAGUGGUCCAGGGGCUGGUCAACAAGCAGGACGCACAGCUACCCGUGCCCCAGCAAAGGCGUCGCGGGAGUCGCUGAAGCUGGUGGAGAAGCUGGGAGCGGGGCAGUUUGGAGAAGUCUGGAUGGGUGAGUCAGGGCGAAACUGGGGUGCUUCCUCCUGGAGGAAGGCACCGAUAGUUUUGCCAGACGCUUUCCGGGCGAAGGCAAACCUCAGAAAGAACCUGCAGCACCCGCGCCUGGUGCGGCUCUACGCCGUGGUGACGAAGGAGCCCAUCUACAUCAUCACGGAGUACAUGGAGAAGGGUGAGGACGCCCAGGUGCUGCCUGCCGUGGGGGCUAAAUUCCCCAUUAAGUGGACAGCACCGGAGGCGAUUAAUUACGGCACGUUCACCAUCAAGUCCGACGUCUGGUCGUUCGGCAUCCUGCUGACGGAGAUCGUCACCUACGGCCGGAUCCCGUAUCCAGGGAUGACCAACCCCGAGGUGAUACAGAACCUGGAGCGCGGCUACCGCAUGCCGCAGCCGGACAACUGCCCGCAGGAGCUGUACGAACUGAUGAUGCAGUGCUGGAAGGAGAGGCCUGAGGAGCGUCCCACCUUCGAGUACAUGAAGAGCGUGCUGGAGGACUUCUUCACCGCCACCGAGGGCCAGUACCAGCAGCAGCCGUGA